ACUGAUGGAAAAAUGUUUGGGGGAAUGAGGAUAAGCCACUUGUGGAGAGUCUUGUGCUGGAAACGCUCCCCACAGCUCUGAAUCGAUCAUCGCACGGCCGAGAAUCGAUGAGCAUGAGCAUGCAGAUAUAAUUCGCACGCACCCGCGUACCAUUCCCACACAUUAGCGACCUCUAAUAGGCAGAGAGAGAGAGAGAGAGACGAGGAGAACAAAGGAAAGGCCUUUAAGACAUGGCUUCCUUAACCGCCAUAGCCUUUGCUCCGGCCGCCGGGAGGGUGUUCGCCGCCACUGCGGCGAAGGGCGCCGGCGGGAGCAAGGAGGAGAAGGGGCUGCUGGACUGGAUCCUGGGGGGCUUGCAGAAGGAGGACCAGCUCCUGGAGACUGACCCGAUUCUUCAGAAAGUGGAGGGGAAGAACGGCACCGGUAGCAAGAACUCCGUCGCCGUGCCGGCGAAGAAGAAGGGCGGCUUCGGCGGCCUCUUCGCCAAGAAAUGAGGAUGUGGAGGACGACCCGACGACCACUCGGCUUGGCCACUUGAUUCCCGGUGAAAAUCGAUUCAUGAAUUUUAUUCAGUUCAAUCAUCUCUGUACUAGAUUUACUCCAAGUCUGUAUUUACUUGCUCUGAAGUCUUUUAAGGGCUGUUUAAAUUCAUUCUGGAUGAGCCAAACCAGUUGAUUUCUUGCAA